CUCACAAAAUGGCCUAAGGCUGAAAUAAAUACACACACAUAGAGGGGAAACUUCCCAGAAACAUCCACUCACAAAUCACAAGAAUAAUAUCCAUUUGUUUAUGUUUUCUUAAUGGAAUGAAAUCAGGGAUUUGGUCUUUGAUUUUCAUGGCUGGUGGCUUGUCCUUUAGUGAGGAAAAUCACAAGGAAAUAAGUGAUGAUUCUUGGGAAAUAAUGGGGGACAAAGGGGAUGGGUGAUGGUUGGUUUUAUUGGCCUUAUAUUGGGUCAUUCAUGGAAGCCUAGGUGGGAGACACAAGGGGGACAAUGGUUGGUCAAUGUUGGGGAAUAAAAGAGGGGUUGUUUUUGGCCCCCCCUAGUUUCGGCCUUACAUGGGGACAAAGAGGGGCUUGAUUAGUUUCGGCCAGAGGGGGAGAAGAAGGAAAAGGAGAGGAGAUUAGGGUUUUGGUGUUGUUUUGGAUUUUGGGGUUUUGGUGGAGCCAUCCAGGGGUACAUCACUACCAAAACCAUGCAGCCCACUACCCCAAAGAUUAUUUGGGAUGAAUAUGAUGACGAGGACUAUAAUCCCAUUUGGGUUGAAGAACUUGUCAAAGAGAAUGAAGAAGUGUUUGAAGACGCAGAGGAUAACCCGUUUUGGGGUACAGAGAUGAAAGAAGAAGAGCAGGACGAGAAGACCCACGAGGAAGUCGUCACUCCUGACUCGGAAACCUCCGCUGGAGACCUAUCUUCAUUAACGGUACCUUGUACCAAACGUGUUGAGUUUUUUGCAG